GUGGCCCUGCUACUCUCGCAGGUGUAAAUUUUUAAAACGUCCAUAAUGGAGUUAGCUCACAGCUUAUUGCUAAACGAAGAAGCACUGGCUCAAAUCACUGAAGCAAAGAGACCAGUUUUCAUUUUUGAAUGGCUUCGAUUUCUUGAUAAAGUCUUGGUUGCUGCCAACAAGACUGAUGUAAAGGAAAAACAGAAAAAGCUCAUUGAACAAUUAACUGGAUUAAUAAGUAGUUCACCUGGACCACCAACACGAAAACUACUAGCUAAAAAUCUAGCUGCUCUUUAUAGCAUUGGGGAUACUUUUACUGUUUUUCAAACACUUGAUAAGUGCAAUGACAUCAUCAAAAGUAAAGAUGACACUGCAGCCUACCUACCAACAAAAUUGGCUGCAGUGGCUUGUGUUGGAGCAUUUUAUGAAAAAAUGGGCAGAAUGUUAGGAAGUGCAUUUCCAGAAACAGUAAAUAAUCUUUUGAAAUCUCUGAAAAGUGCAGAGUCUCAGGGCCGAAGUGAAAUCUUAAUGAGUCUGCAGAAAGUUCUGAAUGGACUAGGAGGUGCGGCAGCUUCCUCCCAUCGGGAUAUUUACAAGAAUGCCAGAUCUCUCUUGACUGACAGGUCCAUGGCUGUUCGCUGUGCAGUUGCCAAGUGUCUAUUAGAACUGCAGAACGAAGCUGUGUUUAUGUGGACUGCGGAACUCGAAAACAUAGCUACUCUCUGCUUUAAGGCUUUGGAAAACUCAAAUUAUGGGGUUCGAGUGGCUGUGUCUAAACUCUUAGGAACAGUCAUGGCUACAGCAUUAAUGCCAAAACAAGCAACAGUAAUGCGCCAGAAUGUGAAACGAGCUACACUGGAUGAAGUCUUAGAACUCAUGGCUACAGGAUUUCUCCGUGGCGGCUCUGGUUUCUUAAAGAGUGGGGGAGAGAUGUUAAAGGUCGGAGGUUCUGUUAACCGUGAAGUGAGAGUUGGAGUUACACAGGCAUACGUUGUUUUUGUGACAACAUUGGGUGGCCAAUGGUUGGAGCGGAGCUUUGCUACAUUCUUAUCCCACGUUUUGGAUCUGGUCUCUCAUCCCCGGGCAACACAAACACAUGUGGAAGCUGUUUACUCAAGGCGAUGUGUUUCCUUUAUCCUGAGAGCUACUGUGGGCAGUUUGCUUGGUGAAAAAGCCCAGAUUGCAGCUGCCAAAGAAAUAUGUCAAGCUAUUGGGAAGCAGAUGAAAGCAGUGGAAGCAGUAGUGAAUGACACCAGUGGCGAGAACAAGUCUGGAGCAGCAGACAUCGCAGCGAGCCAGCAUGUGAUGGUCUGCGCCCUGCAGGAGCUGGGGAGCCUGGUACAGAGCCUGAACGCUACCGCCUCUCCUCUUAUCCAGGAGGCUUCCAUAGGGCUUCUGGAGACUGUGACUUCAGUGCUGCUUCAUCCGAGCAUGGCAGCUCGGCUGGCUGCUGCGUGGUGCCUGCGCUGUGUGGCCGUGGCAUUGCCUUUCCAGCUGACACCAUUUCUAGAUCGGUGUGCAGAACGGCUCAACAAUUUGAAAAGCUCGCCUGAAGCUGUUAGUGGAUACAGUUUUGCAAUGGCUGCUUUAUUGGGUGGAGUUCACCAGUGUCCUUUGGGCAUCCCACAUGCCAAGGGAAAGAUGGUAGUGAGUAUUGCUGAAGAUCUCCUUCGAACUGCUGCCCAGAACAGCAGGCUGUCGUUACAGCGCACUCAAGCUGGAUGGCUUUUACUUGGAGCACUUAUGACCUUAGGACCAUCUGUUGUUCGUUACCAUCUUCCCAAGAUGUUGUUGUUGUGGAGAAAUGUUUUCCCUCGUUCCCUGAAGGAAUUGGAGGCUGAAAAGGCCAGGGGCGAUUCUUUUACUUGGCAGGUAACCUUGGAAGGUCGAGCUGGAGCUUUAUGUGCAAUGAGGAGUUUUGUUGCACAUUGUCCUGAACUCCUAACUGAAGAUGUGAUCAGAAAGCUGAUGACUCCUAUUGAAUGUGCCAUGACUAUGAUGUCACACAUUCCAUCUGUGAUUAAAGCCCAUGGAGCACACCUGAAGGCCAGUGCCGCAAUGGUCCGUCUAAGGCUUUAUGACAUCUUGGCCUUGUUACCUCCCAAAACCUAUGAAGGAUCUUUCAAUGCACUGCUGAGAGAACUGGUAGCAGAAUUUACUCUGACUGACAAUUCAGCCAACACCACCACUUCUCUCCUCAGAUCCCUCUGCCAUUAUGACGACAGUGUUCUUCUUGGCUCCUGGCUACAGGAAACUGACCAUAAAUCAAUUGAAGACCAGCUCCAGCCAAACAGUGCAUCUGGAAGUGGGGCUCUGGAACAUGACCCCUCAUCCAUCUACUUGCGAAUACCUGCAGGAGAAGCUGUGCCUGGUCCUCUGCCCCUGGGAGUUUCAGUCAUUGAUGCAUCUGUGGCUCUCUUUGGCGUAGUGUUUCCUCAUGUUUCUUUUAAACACCGGUUACAAAUGUUAGAUCACUUUGCUGAGUGUGUUAAACAAGCCAAAGGUGUCCGCCAGCAGGCUGUGCAGCUUAAUAUAUUUACUGCUGUCCUUAGUGCAUUAAAGGGCCUAGCUGAAAAUAAAAGUACAUUAGGCCCAGAGGAAGUUCGUAAAUCAGCUCUGACACUGGUGAUGGGUGCUCUGGACAACCCAAACCCCAUCUUACGAUGUGCUGCAGGGGAGGCUCUUGGCAGAAUGGCUCAGGUGGUGGGAGAAGCCACCUUUAUUGCCAGAAUGGCCCAGUACAGCUUUGACAAGUUGAAGUCUGCUCGAGAUGUGGUGUCAAGAACUGGGCACUCAUUGGCACUGGGUUGUUUGCAUCGGUACGUUGGGGGUAUCGGCUCUGGACAACAUCUGAAGACCAGCGUCAGCAUCUUAUUGGCUUUGGCACAAGAUGGGACAUCCUCUGAAGUCCAGACGUGGUCUCUUCAUUCACUGGCUUUGAUAGUAGAUUCUAGUGGGCCCAUGUACCGUGGCUAUGUGGAGCCAACACUGUCACUGGUUUUGACCUCCUUGCUGACAGUUCCUCCUUCACAUACAGAAGUCCAUCAGUGUUUGGGCCGAUGCCUAGGUGCUAUCAUAACUACCGUCGGCCCUGAACUACAAGGGAAUGGGGCGACCAUUUCUACCAUCCGCUCCUCUUGUUUGGUGGGUUGUGCAAUCACCCAGGACCACUCAGACUCUCUUGUGCAGGCAGCUGCCAUCUCCUGCCUUCAGCAGCUUCACAUGUUUGCACCUCGACAUGUCAAUCUGUCUAGUCUUGUCCCCAGCCUCUGUGUUCACUUAUGUAGUUCCCACUUGUUACUUCGACGGGCAGCUGUGGCGUGUCUCCGGCAGCUUGCACAACGAGAAGCCGCUGAAGUAUGUGAAUAUGCCAUGAGUCUGGCCAAAAUUUCAGGGGACAAAGAGAGCAGUGGUGCUAAUGCCAGUCCUUUUGCACCUGGAGUGAGUUCUCGAAGUGAUACCCAUUGCCGCCAUCAAGGUGUUAACAUCACAGAAACUGGUCUUGAGGGACUUCUUUUUGGAAUGCUAGACCGAGAGACAGACAGAAAAUUGUGUUCUGAUAUUCAUGAUACUUUGGGACACAUGCUUUCAUCACUGGCUGUAGAAAAACUUUCCCAUUGGCUGAUGCUUUGUAAAGAUGUCUUGGCAGCUUCUAGUGAUAUGAGUACUGCAGCUCCAUUAAGUAGUGGAAAAGAUGAAGAAUCGGAAAAGAAAGAUGAGAUGGAUGAUGACACCAUGUUCACCACACUUGGAGAAGAAGACAAGUCAAAACCCUUUGUCGCUCCUCGCUGGGCCACCCGGGUGUUUGCUGCUGACUGCCUGUGUCGAAUCAUCCACCUGUGUGAAAACGCAGACCAGGCUCACUUUGACCUUGCCCUGGCACGCUCUGCUAAGCUGCGAAACCCUACAAAUGAUCUCUUGGUACUUCAUCUCUCUGACCUCAUCCGCAUGGCAUUCAUGGCUGCAACUGAUCACAGUAACCAGCUUCGGAUGGCUGGGCUCCAAGCACUUGAAGACAUUAUCAAGAAGUUUGCAUCUGUGCCUGAGCCAGAAUUUCCGGGUCAUGUGAUUUUGGAGCAAUAUCAAGCCAAUGUUGGUGCUGCUCUAAGGCCAGCAUUUUCCCAAGAUACCCCAUCAGAUAUAAUAGCAAAGGCUUGCCAGGUAUGUAGUGCGUGGAUUGGAAGUGGGGUUGUCAGCGAUCUCAAUGAUCUUCGUCGAGUACACAACCUGCUUGUCUCUUCUUUGGACAAAGCUCAGGCCGGCAAAGGAUCUUCCAGCCAGCUGUACCGAGAGAGUGCCACAACCAUGGAGAAGCUGGCUGUUCUCAAAGCGUGGGCAGAGGUAUAUGUGGUUGCUAUGAAUAUCAAAAAAGAAGCAGAGUCAAAACCAAAAAGAGCAAUUAAAAACACUGAUGAUGAUGAUGAUGACUGUGGCGCCAUAGAUGAGCUUCCACCUGAUAGUUUAAUAACACUAGUACAACCUGAACUGCCAACACUCAGCCGCCUGUGGUUGGCAGCAUUGAAAGACUAUGCACUCUUGACUUUACCAGCUGAAUUUGCUAGUCAGCUUCCCCCAGAUGGUGGAGCGUUUUAUACUCCGGAGACUAUUGACACCGCUAGGCUUCACUACCGCAACUCCUGGGCCCCCAUUCUGCAUGCAGUGGCACUCUGGUUGAAUAGCACAGGAUUUACAUGCUCAGAGUCCACAGACACAGCAGCGGCAUCUGGUCUUCAGAAAUGUUCUACACCAGCCAUUUUAAACCAAGCAGCAGGAGCAACAGCCAGUGCCAAAUCUUUGCCAGAAAUUAACAAAGACAGAAUGCAUCUCAUUUUAGGUGUGAGUAUCCAGUUCCUUUGUUCCCCUCGGCCAGAGGAGCCUAUUGAGCAUGUGACUGCCUGUCUACAGGCCUUACACACCCUGCUGGAUUCUCCUUAUGCCCGAGUCCACAUUGCUGAAGACCAGCUGAUUGGGGUUGAGCUGCUGAAUGUUUUGCAUCGCCUUCUGUUGACCUGGAAUCCACCCUCUGUCCAGCUGCUGGUCACUGGAGUUGUACAGCAGAUAGUCCGAGCUGCCCAGGAUUACUUGCAAGAAAAAAGAAGCACACUAAAUGAAGAAGAUAUGGAAAAAGAGUCCUAUCCUGUAUUGGGAGAAGGAGGUGACAGUGGUGGCCUUGUUCCUGGAAAAUCCCUGGUGUUUGCAACCAUGGAGCUCUUGAUGUUUAUCUUAGUGCGGCACAUGCCUCACCUCAGUACCAAGAUGGCAGACUCCCCCAGCCACGUGGCCACCAAAACCCGACUGUCAGAAGAAAGUGCUCGCUUGGUGGCAGCUACAGUUACUGUCCUCUCCGACUUACCGUCCCUUUGCUCUCCUGCUGGUUGUAUGACCAUCCUGCCCACAGUUCUGUUUCUAAUUGCAAGAAUAUUGAAAGACACGGCAAUAAAGUCUACAGACAACCAGGUCCCUCCACCAGUCAGUGCAGCUCUGCAGGGAAUUAAGAGUAUUGUAACUCUUUCUAUGGCCAAGACUGAAGACACGCAGAAACAGUGGACAGCUCUGAUUCGGAGCACACUGGCAUGCAUCCUAGAGUAUUCUCAACCAGAAGAUUCUGUGCCUACUCCUGAUGAAGUCAGCAUGCUGACCGCAAUUGCGCUCUUCCUGUGGUCUGCUAGCAGUGAGAUCAUAGGAGUCCAGUCGUUACAGAAUGGCUGCAUGAACAGAUUCAGAAAUGCACUAAAUUCCUGUGACCCCUGGGUCCAAGCCAAAUGUUACCAGCUGCUCCUCUCGGUCUUCCAGCAUUCCAACCGUGCCCUGUCAACUCCUUACAUACACUCACUAGCUCCCAUCGUGGUCGAAAAGCUAAAGGCUGUUGAGAGAAACAGACCGGCCAGUAGCACUGAACUACUAGCUGUUCAAGAAGGAAUCAAAGUUCUUAAAACAUUGGUUGCUCUUGGAGAAGAACAGAACCGAGUCCAGUUACUUGCUCUUUUGGUUCCCACUCUGAUCUCUUACCUGCUGGAUGAAAAUUCCUUCGCCUCAGCGAGCACAGCCUCUAAAGAUCUUCAUGAGUUUGCGCUCCAGGAUCUAAUGCACAUCGGACCCCUGUAUCCACACGCUUUCAAGACAGUGAUGGGGGCAGCUCCUGAGCUGAAAGUGCGUUUGGAGACUGCGGUGCGAGCCAGCCAGGCCAGUAAGGCUAGAGCAGCUGCCAGGCAGCCUGCCCCUGCCAUCCAUUCCACACCCACAAUUAAGCUCAAGACGAGUUUUUUUUAACCGCUCUCCCAUUCACGCUUAUUUAUUGUGAGCCAGCACAUAACUUGUGAUGUCCUGCUGUCAUUCUGAGCAACAGGCUCUGCUUCAUUUGUCUGUCAGUCCUGUAUGUUUCCUGGUAGGAAAGGUGAAGUAAUGCUCACACCGCUUUCUGAUUUCCAAGCAGUGGUUGUUCCCUAUCAUGUGGUGAAUGUGAAUUCCUUUCAUUUUUCUCCUAAAAAAAUCUAUCUUCUUGAUUAAUUUAUUUUUUCAAUACUGAGCCAUAGUCCAAAUUUAAAUGCUAAAAACAAUUGUAUCAUGUGGUUGAAUGGCAUAUUGAUAUUAUCAGGGAGAAACAGGUCAUCAUUAUUCAGUAUCUGUCAGGAAAAAUGGAAUUGAAAAAAAGUUUAAAUGUUGAAGUGAUCUCAAUGAUGUCUGUUCCAUGAUGUAUAUAAUAUGAAUAAAGUCUCAUUUUCUUAGCAUUUCUUAAAAUAUCCUUACCUUGCUGAUAAAUCUUUUAACUUUCAUAUUACAUUAAUAAAUUAUGUUUAUGCAUAUUUGAGUUGUUAACUGAAUUAAAGCUCUCACUUAAAAUGCAUUAAAAAGUUUCAAAUGUG